CUCACGCCUGUACACUUGAGGAAGGCCAAGUUAAUGUUCUUCUAUACCCGAUAUCCCAAUUCCAACCUUCUACGGUCGUAUUUCAUCGAUGUGGAAUUUCAAAAGCAAAACACUGCUCAACUCGUAAAGUGGUUUAGUAAUUUUCGUGAAUUCUACUACAACACAAUAGACAAAAUGGCAAGACAGGCUAUUAGUCAGGGCAUCCGAGAACCACUUGAGUUAACUGUUACUACUGACAGUGAAAUUUACAGGACCCUGGUUCAACAUUACAAUCGUAACCAGCAAAUUGAGGUACCUGACGAAUUUCGAGUGGUAAUUGAAAAGACUCUACGAGAGUUCUUUAUGGCUAUCUUGGCAGGGAAAGAUGCCGAACAAUCCUGGAAGAAACCCAUCUACAAGGUGAUCUCUAGGAUGGACCAAUCCAUCCCUGAAUUCUUCAGGGACCCCGCUUGGAUUUCCCAAUUAUCAACGGAAGGCUAA